AUAAAAAUGAUAUUAUACUGGUAAAUAGUCCUGCAUCUUCUUCAAAGUCAUUAAAUGGCGGUAAACACAAAUCAGGGAAAUCCAAGAAUUAUAAUGGUUCAACCUCUCAAUCCUUAUCUUCUAAAUCAAGUCCUCAAAUUCCCGCCUCACCUAAUUGUGUCCAACUAUCAUCAUCCUCAAAAUCCUCUAAAAAAUCCACUUCGUCAUCGAAAAUGGUACAGAUCCUCUUGGGUUUCCCCGAUGGGCAUUUAACAUUGGAAGAGGACGUCGACCCAUACCUCACAAAAAUCGGUGGAAUACCAAAUUGGUUGGUCGCGUCAUGUCCGAUUUCGUAUGACUUUAUUAUCUGUGAGAAUUGUGGGAAAGAGAUGUUCUUGUUGUUUCAGGGUUACAUGCCUUUCGAAGAUUCGGCUUAUGACAGG